AUGUCUUCAUCAAAAUCAUCACAACAAUUAUUAAUCAACCAAUUGUAUUUGUAUUUGAAGAACAAUGGUCUUGAUGAAUCAGCACAAUCGUUGCUUAACGAGACUAAACUGGCCCACCUAACACAGCGACAGCAGAAUGAACUACAAUCAGGAGAUGAGUUCUUGUAUGAAUGGUGGAAUACCUUGUGGAGUUUACAAAGUGCAAUUAACCCACAGUUAAACCAGGUACUUAAUAGUCAUAACAUACCGUCUCCACAACAACAGUUACUUUUGCAGCAGAGGAUGAUUCAAAGACAGCAUCAACAACUACUACAACAACAACAGCAGCAGCAGCAGCAACAGGAGCAACAGAAUCAACAGCUGUUGACUUUUCAAGCAGCUCAACACCAGUUGCAAACCCCCUCGCAAAUGUAUCUACCCCAACAAUCUCAACAACCACUUUCGGCCCAACAAAAUACAUCAGUUCCCCCGACACCCCAAACCGGGAAACUUACAGGACCAUCUAUUGGUGCUUCACGCCAACCGAGUCAACAGCAAGAUCUGAAUCAAAAUGGACCUCAACCGUCAAAUCAACGCCCGAAACCACAACAAAACGGAGCACUGCAACAACAGCAGCAACAGCAUCCAUCACGUCGAAAAUCAGUUGCUAAAAGCAAAACCCAAAACGAUAAUGCAGGUGAACAGCCCCCCAUGCCUGCUCAACAAUCAUCGACAAAACCACCCUUAUCUAAAAAUAAUUCACAUAUUCAGCCCAAUACGGUUCCACCAAAUAUAAAUCAAACACAGCAACAGGCGAGACUACAACAAUUGAAACUACAAUUUCAACAACAAGCACUAAUGCAACAGCAGGUACAACAGCAGGCACAACAGGCACAGCAACAAGCACAACAAGCACAACUACGGGGAAUAAAUGUUUCAAACAACCAAAAUAUGCAGCAAGUAUCACCAAAUAAUGUACAACAAUUCCCUCCACAACAAACACCAAUACCAGGAGCAGAACAAAAUGCAAAGACCAGCGGACCUGGUAUUAACCCAAAUAUUAGCCAAGCGCAACAACCACCACCAUCUCACCACCAAAGUCCCCAGGGCCAAAUACGUAAUCAAGAUCAAGCCCAAAUACCUAACCAACCCCCAAAUCAAGCAAGAUCUUUCAAUCAAGCGGUCCCCACAGGUAAUCAAAACCAGGGAAUUUCACAACUGAAUGCAAAUCAAAAGAACCAACCGUCAGUUUCAAAGAGAAAUAUGCAAUCUCUUGAUGCUUACCAAAUGACAUUACUACAGAUGGAAAAUCAAAAUAAUCUACAAAGACAAAGAUUUUUACAACAGCCACCUCAACAGCCACAUCAGACUCAGGGAUUCCUGCAACAACACGCACCACCCACAGUAGACGAAAAUGCCCAUUUUGAAGCGUUGUUUUCGUUAGAUCAGCCCCCUAAUUUUCCAGCAACCGGUGGUGCACUAUCUAACCUACAGCAACAAGCACAAUCACUUGGCCCCUUUGGAGAGCAUGGAGUAUCAGCUCAGUCAGGACAGCAACAUCCAACAGGAAAUACAAAGAUACCACAAGACCAAUUUGUAGCACAACUAUCUACGGGGGAUAAUAUUAUUGAUGACUCCUUUUUCUCGUCAAAUAUCCUACUUGAUGAUUUCAAGCCGUCUGAUAUUGACGUUGACCAUGUAUUUAAUGAAAACAAUACAGGUAACAAUAAUGACAAUAAUGGCGAUGGAAUGAUGGAUAAUGAGACGAAAUUGGAUGAUAUUGGAGACACAUUACGAAAAGACUGGUUAAGCUCGAUGGGGUCAGGUCCAGGAUUUGACUAA